GUGUGCGGACAUAGUGAGAGUUAGAUAUACUUUAUCCCCCGGCACGUCCCACUGACUGAAAUCCAGCGCUAGUGUCAACGUGCCCUUGGAGUGAGGAAAGGGUAUCCUUAUGUUUUUAAAGGGAGGGUCGUCCAACGUUGUUUGAUCCUCCUGCUCGGCGCUUUGGUGAAGUUUCCUAUUUCAGCAGCGCUAUAUAAACGCAAAGCUGCCAACCCUCUCAGCAGCAGUAAGCCUGAAACAGCCUGGUAGUAAAGUAACUUCCUGUUUGCUGUUUGAGUGGGUUCUCUGACACACUGUGGAGGUGUUAAGUCUAUUAAGACUGUCGUUAAAAGUCUUGAAUCUGGUUACCUGCGUUAUUCUUUUCAAAUCAGAACAGUGCGCGGUGAGUACUGUCCACUUGUGCCAAUAGAUGUUGUCUCCCGCUCCUGUUCCGACCCUGAUUCUGACAGCAUCGUGAUCAAAACUGGAGCAGGAAUAGGAAAAAUUGGCUAGCAUGGGGAAACAAAAGUUUGAUCAACACCUAGAAGUUGAGACGCAGCAGGCUGAUCACUAUUCUGGUCUGAUCUUCAGACAAGUCCACGUAAUGGUUCACUUGUGAUUCUUCAAAUGUGACUAACUCAUGAGACAGCACAAGAGACUGUUCAGCCCAUCUUGUCUGCACUCCUUGAAAGUGCAAUGCAUUUCUUGGCACCAGCCCAUUAUCUAGGAAAGAUUGGAAAAAUAUGACUAGCACCUCAACGAUUUCUCCUGCUACUUCGCUCAGCAUCCUGUGAUACAGCCCAAUAGGACUAUGCACCUUGUCCAAGUUAAGUACUGCCAGCCUUUCUAGUACCUCUUCAUCACUUAUUUUUAUGUCAUUCAAUGUCAGUGAAUCAAUUCUCAUACUUCCUCCUUUCAACUCUUAUUUUCUUUUUCAUUUCUUCCUGUACUUUUGACAUCCAGCCUGGUUUUUGUUUGUAUUAUGACAAUUUUUUUUUUGCUGUGUCAACUCCCUACAUCACAGAGGGAGCUCCAGCUUUGUUUGUCCUUCCUCAGCCCUGUGUGUAUUUACAUUGGAAUAUAUUCCAAAAUUUCAUUUCAUAGCCCUCAUUCUGAUGACGUGGCAAUUUUACAAAUUUGUAUAUGUAUAUGACUAUUUCAGACCUGAGCUGGGUAUGUUUAACUUUCUUCAGUAUUAACACCUAAACAUUAUUAUGGCUUCACGUUUCACAGUUAAAUACCUUAGCUUUCAAAUAUAUAAGGUGUUAGUUAGUAAUGUAGCGCAUCUGUAAUGCAGCUUGAAUCAAUGGCUUAGAUCUUUCUCAUUUGAUAAAUAUAACUUGGUCAUUGGAAAAUGUGAAGAACUUUUCCACAGCAAAAAAAAACACUACUCAUUAUGAUUAACAGAUUUUCCCCUCUUCUAUCUGUGCAAAAAUAUGCUUAUUAAUCAGUGACUAAGUAAAAGCCCAGUUAAGACUAUUGUUGUUCAUUGAAUUGAUAUCAAAUAUAUUUCAAUACAGAUAAAACUUAUAGUUCCAAAUAUAAUCAAGUGGCAAAUUUUCAAAUACCUCAAGUUAUUAUGAAUCUUGUUGGGAGUGUUUUCAUAUACAUACAGAAAAGCUACAAAUGUUAGGAAAGCAAUGAAGGACCCCACUAAGUACUGGCCUUCUGAUCAGCUUCUGUGUAUCUACAACACUCUGUAUGUAAGUUUUUGUUACAAGGUAAUGCUUAAUUACAAUAUUCUACAAUGCAUAGAUUAAGACUGUUUUAAAUCACGUCAUUAUUCCAAUGUAGUUAGUCAGAUGACUAGACAGUUUCCAAGAAUUAUUAAAUAUUUAGCAGAACUUAAUAUUUUGACUUGUUAGUUAGCAUUCUAAAAACUGUGUUACAUUUUCAUUUUACAUGUCUUUAAUCUACAAAUUCAGCCUAGGUCACAACAUUAGGAAAAAAAAUAGAAUUUCUCAAAAAGUUCCUAUUUCAAAACUGGAUUGCUAUUUUCUUUAAAUGCUCCAUGGUUGAUAUAACUUAAUUUCUGAUAUGUUACAUCUUAAUAAUGAGUCAUAGCUAAACAUACAUUAAUGUGAAAUACAUUCACUUACAAAAUUAGUUGAAACUGAUUCAAGAGGUUUUGUUUCAGGACAUAGACAGUAGGAAAUUUUGUUGCUGUUGAAAAGAGGAAGCAGAUUUUAUCAGUACUUAAAUGGCAAUCUCACUCACAGAUCAACAGUGCUAACUUGAAAAGAGACUGGCUGUCUUCAAUAAUUGACACACUGACUGCACUCAGAGUGGAACCACCUUUAAAGUUUAUAUUCAGCUGAAAGGCUUCUGUAAACAGGACAAAGUCAAAAUGCAGACACGGACUGGAUUUCGGUUACAACUGAUGCGAGAGCAACUGCAGCAGCAAGAAAGUUGGGAUAAUGCAUGUCAACACCACUAUACUUCGCAAUACGUUCAAGAGCAUCUUCCAGUCUCGUCCACAACUCAUGCUUUCCAGGACUUCUUCCCAUUAGGUGCAAGGAAACCAGUACAAAUACCAAAGAAUAUUCUUAAGGUUCAAACACAUCUGGAAAACCCAACAAAGUACCAUCUCCAUCAAACACAGAGACAACAGGUGAAACAGUACCUGGCACUGGGCACCAAGCUUUCCAAUCAGACAUUCUCCAUUUCUCACUCACACCCAGGAGGAUCUGUUAGGCCAACUCCUUUAAUGAGAAAUGCCCAUGUUCCCCCCGGUAAUGAAAGUAAUACGCCUGACAGUCCAAUCACACUGCUGUCUCUAGGAACAAAUCAUGAAAAUGAGAUGGAUGAUGUUAUCGAUGAUAUAAUCAGUUUGGAAUCGAGCUGCUUCAAUGAAGAUUCUGUCAGCUGUAUGGAACCAUCUUCUCUCAUACCAAACACAAUGCCAUUAUCCAGCAAUAUUUUGGAUGUGUAUAAUGAUCAGGGCAUGACUGCCACUACUAUUGGACUCACUGAUACUUCUUGCUCUACUAACCUUUCAGUGAAAAGGGAAAUUGCAGCUACACAACCUGGAAAUGCUGAAACACGUGCACUUGUUAAAGAAAGGCAAAAGAAAGAUAAUCACAAUUUGAUUGAACGAAGGCGAAGAUUCAACAUUAAUUAUCGUAUCAAAGAACUUGGUACCUUAAUUCCAAAGUCAAAUGACCCUGAUGUGCGCUGGAACAAAGGUACCAUUUUGAAAGCCUCUGUGGAGUACAUCAAGUGGCUUCAGAAAGAGCAGCACCGUGUCCAAGAAUUAGAAAACAGGCAAAAGAAACUGGAACAAGCUAAUCGGAGAUUGCUGCUACGGAUUCAGGAGCUGGAAAUGCAAGCCCGCAUCCACGGACUACCCAUUGUGUCAUCAACCAUUAGUCCAACUGAGCUGGUAACUCACAUUGUCAAGCACGAGUCCUACCAAGGGGACAAUAGCCCUGAUUAUCUGCAGCAGCCAAGCUUGCCUCAAAUGUUGAAUGAACUCAAUGAAGCAUCCUGUAACUUCCUGGAUCCAUUGUCACAUUUCACAGACUUGUCAUUCAGUGCUGCUUUGAAACAGGAAAACCGUCUUGAUAACAUUCUAUUAGACAACACAAUCUCUCCGUUGGCAUCUGAUCCACUGUUGUCUACAACAUCACCUGGUGCAUCUAAAGGAAGCAGUAGGAGAAGUAGCUUCAGCACAGAUGAAGAACUGUGAAAAAUAUGUAGUGAGGGACAAUGAUCAUUUCACUUAAUGAUUUAAACAUUAAGGCGAUUUUUGCUUACUGCUUGAUGCCUUGAGACAUUUGCACAUCAGGCUGUUAACAUUUUUACUUUGAAGAUUAGAUUAUUCUCCAUGUUGUUGUUUAUUUCACCUUUGCUGCUAUUAAUAAUCCUUCAUGCAGGAACAUGAUCUAGCUUUCACAUGGGCCAAAUGAAACCAGUGUUCUGAAAAUACAUAACUAUAUGCACAAUUAAUAGAAUGCUCCAACAUUCUUUUUCACCAGGUGUAUUUGCAAACGACUGAUUUAUAUACUUGCUCAUUUUAAGCAGAACAUUUAUUUUCAAUCAGGUGUUUUUUUUGAGGACGACUAUAAAAAUUUGGAUAGUGAAGGAAUCUGCCAAAACUGAAUCAGAAUUUGUUAUGCUAAUAUCUUGUGUAUGCAAUAUUGCAGUGUCCUGUUUAGAAUUAUUAGACAUUAAUAAUGGGUCAGCUGGAAUUGCAUUUUUCUAAACAUUAAAAUAGGUACAUUUUUAGAACUUUGAAAUUGUUUCCACUCCUGCCCCACAACUUUGAGUCCAGCUGCACUUUUAUACUUCAAGGAAGGGAGAUUAAUCGCAGUUCAGUUGAUUUCUUUUUUCAAACUGGACAAGAAUCCAGCAUUCAUUACCAAUUUUUUUUAAUAAUGGUAAUUGAUCAAAAGGGAGAUGGUGAAUUAAUUAUUUGAGAAAUAAGUGAUGUAAAAUGUUAAGUUGUAUUGUAUUCUGGCCCUUUUUUUGGACAUGGAGAGUUAUGUUGCAGUAUUACAUAAACCCUGUUCAGAGCAUAAUUAGGUUACAUAUUAGUUAGAAGCAUAAUUAAAUUAAAGAAAUGCAAAUUGUAGAAAUUAUUUGGUACAGUUUUUUGGUUUUUAAAUUGAAAUUGCUAAAGAAUAUUACAUUUUGUGUAUCUUACUGCAAAAAAGUACUGGUCUUAAACUUUGAUUUUUUUUGUUUGAUAAUAUGCUUUAAUGAUCGAUCUUGUGAAAUAUUUCAUGUACCUCAGAAGCCAUAUAAUUCUUUCACUUGGUGUUAACUGUCUUCCCCAUCUAUUUGAUCUAUUUUUGUUAGAUAACAAAAAAUGAAAAAUAUUUGCAAUUAGCAAAAGGGCAUUACGAUAACUUUUUAAAUCAUUUCCCAUUUUUCAACACCAGAUUGCAUUUAUGCUGCAACUUCAGUAUAUUGAAACAUUUAAGGUGCCUUUUAAAAUAUAAAGUAAAACAUGGGACACUUAGCCAAAGGAAAAGAAUUGAGGAGGGUGACCAAAAAUCUUGGUCAAACCUGUUUUCAGAAAGUCAUUAAAGGGAGGUGGAGAACUAAGGGAAACUGAGGAAAUCCUGAAGCGUGUGGCUUAAUUCUUAGUUCCCAGAUCUUCAAGGGGAUGUGAGUGGAGAAAUGAGGCACAAAGCCAGUAAACUUGAAAGCUUGAAACCAGAUUGUAGAUAUUGAAGGUUACAGACAUUUUGGGAGAAAGACCUGCAUCAUAAUGAGAAUUUUAAAUUUGUGUGGUUUUUGGGAAUCAGCCAAAGUAGAUCAGCAAGGACUGAAAAGGAAGGGAUCAGGAGUUGGUAUUGGACAAUAAGGACAGUAAAAUUUUGAAACAUCUGACCUCUGAUUAAAUGGUUGUUCAUCUAGUUAUGGCUGAGUAUUGUAUCAGCACAGUUGAAGACUUCAGGACCUGUUGGAACAGAUGUGAAGUCUAGAAAUUUUGUGAAUUGAAUUGCUACAGUGUAGAGUGACAUUGUUUAAUCUUGGAUUGGAAGGCUGUUGCUCAACCUAGAGUGUUUGAUAGUAAUGCAAACUUCAAUUGAGAGAAUCACUAUCAGUUCAAUAAAAUAGGGUGGGGGAGGUGAAACCUGAUUGGAUCUUGAAGCAUCUAAACCAGUUCUUGCUUUAAAGACUGACAAUAAUUACUUAUUUGUCUAUGAAAGCUAAUUUUUGAUGGAAAAAAUGUUUAGCUAUUUACCCAGUUCUGCAUACAUGGAAUUGCAACUGCUACACACUAACUGCUCAUUUCUGAAAUGAGGGAAGAGAUGAAGAUUUUAACAGCUCAGUGAGCGUGGAGGUGACUAAAUAGCUUGUAAAAUGAUAUUUUGGCUUGGCCAUUGAAACUCUAAUCUCUUCAAGGCUUUAAACUACUGAUGUACAUUGCCAUUGUAUUAUUUUGCAUGCAAUAAUCUUUGUAAAAUGUGUAUAGAUUUUUAAUCUUUCAUGUAAAACAUUCUGGAAAUCCUUUAUGUACAGUGUUUUUUGUUUCUGGUUCCAUUGAUUUUUGGA